AAAAAACAAAUCAGUAAAAGAAAAGGCUUCAAAGCUGUAAAAUCUCACUUUAAAAUUUUUCCCAAAUGAUAUGAAUGGUUACCUAUCAAUUAUUGAAUUGUGUAAGAAUUAAACACUUGCGACAAAAACUUUACACACCAUCACGGAUGAAUUUAGGAAUAUUAUUUGAAUCUUUGCAAAACUCAUGACUAAAAUGUAUAACUUUGGGGGGCCAAAUAUAAUUAAGUUAUACAAACUAUACAAUUUUCUUAUACAUCAUUUAGGAUGUUGUGGAAACUACCAGGGCCAGGCCCCCAAACCCCCCUCCUUCCGCCCCUGUCCACAAGAAUAUGAAUAUGAUGCAUCGACUACAAAGAAAAUGGAAUUUCAAACACAGAUACUUGAUCUUCAAUAAAUUGUCCAAACUACGUGAGAUUGACUCAUAUUUUCAUAAACUUCUUCAACGAUCAAAUUGUUUUGAAGGACUUUUUGCCAAUUAUGCCAUUUUUCUUCAUUUUGACAUCUUGUGAUUUUCAUACACGGGAGGAAUCCUUUCACCAAGAAUUCCAUUAGCAUUAUGUAUGCUCGCAUUUUUAAUUCAUAAAUUUACGAGAAGGCAUUUAUCGAUGUUUGAUAGUAUUGAGGAUUAUCUACGAAGCCAAAACCAUCUCAUGCCUAUUAGCUACUCUUACUCAGAGAUUAAAAAGAUGACCAAAGGAUUCAAGAACAAUUUAGGAGAAGGAGGCUAUGGUUCUGUAUAUAAAGGAAAACUUAGAAGUGGUAAUCUUGUAGCGAUAGAAGUAUUGGGCAAGCCCAAAGCCAAUGGGCAAGAAUUCGUCAACGAAGUUGCUACCAUAGGAAGGAUUUAUCAUGUUAAUGAGGUUCAACUAAUUGGAUACUGUGCUGAGAGAUCUAAGCGAGCUCUUAUUUAUGACUUCAUGCCUAAUGGGUCACUUGAAAAGUAUAUAUUUUCUCAAGAAGGAGAUAUCUCAUUGAGUUGCAAACAAAUGCAUGAAAUUUCUCUAGGAGUUGCUCGCAGGAUAGAAUAUUUGCAUCGAGUUUGUAAUAUGCAGAUCUUGCAUUUUGAUAUCAAGCCUCACAACAUUCUACUUGAUGAGAAUUUCACUCAAAAAGUUUCUGAUUUUGGGCUUGCAAAAUCGUAUGCAACAAACGAUAGUAUUGUGACUUUGACAGCAGCGAGGGGAACAAUGGAUUAUAUGGAUCCACAGUUGUUCUACAAAAACAUUGGAGGUAUUUCAUAUAAAGCUGAUGUUUAUAGUUUCGGAAUGUUGUUGAUGGAAAUGGCUAGCAGGAUGAGAAAUUUGAAUGCCUUUGCUGAACAUACAAGCCAAAUUUACUUCUCUUCUUGGAUUUAUGAUCAAUUCAAAGAAGGAACGGACAUACAAAUGGGAGAAACCAAUGAGGAGGAAAGGGUGAUGGUGAAUAAGCUGGUAAUAGUAGCUUUGUGGUGCAUACAAAUGCAGCCUAGUGACCGCCCUUCGAUGAACAAAGUUGUGGAAAUGCUUGAAGGGGAUGUUGAACAACGGCAAAUGCCUUCCAAACCUUUUAUGUGCCCGCAAGAGAGGCCUAUUGAAGAACAUAGAUUUGACACCAAUCCUACCAAGUUGUCUAUGCUAUCAAGUGAAUGCAUAAAUUCUGUCACUUUGGAUGUAAGUGAACCUUAAACUGUUUUGUAUCAAUUCAAACACUCUGUUUUUAUGUAUUUUGAUUGUUGACAUCCUCUAUUCCUCACGUAAUUGAGGCAAACUUUCCAAUGUAUGAUAGGG